AUGCACAGGAGACCAUCAGUCGAUAACCCGCCUAACAUCUCAGCUGGCCCUACUUCAGAGAGACUCGGACACUUCUCUAGUACACCAUGGAACAGUAACCCUCCCCCUCACCAAGGACCCGCGGCCCCAAGUUCAUCUAAAGCUCCGAUGGGACAUCCAAUGAACCCGUCCAGAAGCUCAACAGGACACUGGACUCAGCCGCCACCCAUACCAAGUCGUCUCCCCGGACUCUGGGGUCCGCCCAUGCUCAACCAACCGGCCGGCCCGUGGGGAUUCUCCCCGAUGAACACUCCUGUCCUCACCCCGCCCCGCCAGUCCCAGCCUCCACGGAUGACCCCACCGCCCUGGUCCUGGCAUCCUAACAUGCUGUGGCCUCCAAUGUUCCCGGUGUGGUAG